AGGCCCGAAGCCUCCACCCGCCACACACGCUGGCAGCUAAAGCCCCUGCCUCGGCCGGGUGCACUGGGUGCCAAGGAGCCCUUUGCCCUUUUAAGGCCCCGGGGUGGGCGUUGCUGGGGCUGUCCAGGAUGCCGGAGAUCCUGGUCUGAAGCAAAAGGCUUCAGUGUUAGGUGCCACCAGCCUGUCUGGGUAACAACCUGCUCCCUGCAACAAGGCGAAGAUGGGGGAGCCCGGCAGCCCCGCACUCCAGGCUGUUCUCUUCGAGCCGUUCCCCACCAGCACCGUACCGAGCCCAGAUCCCCCGUUCGCCCUCUCAGAGCAGGCUCCCGCCCUGGAGAAGGGCUUUGAGGAGUGGGCCGUCAGCGGGGGCAGCGGGCUGAACGACAGUGAGCCCGAGGACUUCCUCAACGUGCUCAUCGACCCCAACGAGGUGUACAGCCCGGGCAGCGACAGUGGCAUCUCGGACGAGCCCAGCUCAGCCAGCCCCCAGCCCAGCGAGGGGGCCCCCGCCGCCUUCUGUGACCAGAGCGCCCCCCUCCACAGCGACGUGGUCUCCAUCCAGCUGGGUGACUGGUCGUCCCCCCUGCUGAUCCCUGAGGCCUGCAUCGUGAAUGAGCUGCCGUCUGCACCCCCGUCCGCCCUGGCCAGGCCUGGCACGGUGCCCAUGGUGGUGAGCGCUGGGGACAUGCAGGCAGCUGUGACCCUGCAGCUGCAGUUCCCGGAUCUGUUCCUGACGGACGAGGAGAAGCGGCUGCUCUCGCAAGAGGGGGUGUCCCUGCCCCGUAACCUGCCCCUCACCAAGGCCGAGGAGCGGCUCCUGAAGAAGGUGCGGAGGAAGAUCCGGAACAAGCAGUCGGCCCAGGACAGCCGGCGGCGGAAGAAGGAAUAUAUCGACGGGCUGGAGAACCGGGUGGCAGCAUGUUCAGCCCAGAACCAGCAGCUGCAGAAGAAGGUGCAGGAGCUGGAGAAACACAAUUUGUCCCUGCUGGGCCAGCUGCGAAAGCUGCAAGCGCUGAUCAAACCCACGUCCAGCAAGGCAGCGCAGACCAGCACCUGCGUCCUGAUCCUGAUCUUCUCCCUGGGACUCAUCAUCUUCCCCAGCUACAGCCCCCUGCGCAGGGGGGCGCGGGGCAGCCAGGACGGCUACCAGCCCACCGGAGUGAUCUCCAGGAACAUCCUGAACCAGGGGGAGUUCUCAGAACUGGCCGAAGCCCCCGGCACCCAGGAGCCACUGGCCCCAGAGCCUGAACCACCCGUGGGGGAGCAGCUGGGGCCUGAGGCCGCAGCGGAGGAUGGAGUGGAAGGGGCAGACGGGAGCCAGAAGAAGGGCACAAACACGUCUGCUCAGACCCAGCUGGAGCAGCCGGCGGCUCCCAUGGGGCUGCCCCAGGGGAACGGACCCGGAGCCAGCAGGGACGCAGCUAAGUCAGUCCAUGCCGACGAGAUGUGAGGGGCAGCAGGGACCAGACUGGCCGGAGAGCUGCUUUCCCAGGGCUGGCUGGGGGACGGGGGGCACAGCAUCUCCAGGGGCCCCCUGGGGCACUUGCCGAACCCCCUCUCCCCACACUGGUGUCAGUGCUGGCAUGAGGGGCCGGGCGAGGGAGCCAGCCCCAGCUCUCAUGCCCUGGCCAGCCUGGCUCGCUCCCCGGUCUCUGUGCAGCUGGGACGUCCCCCUCUGGUGCCUCCUGCCGAGUCAGCUCCGGGGCCUUGCUGGGGCACCUGGCAUGGCAAUAAAUCCCUUCCCCCCCCCGUGGGGCACUGCCAGGCCAGGAACAAGGGGGGCCGCAUGCAGCUCCCCAGCUGUGCUCUGAAUGGCCCAGAGCUCCCUCCCCGACCCCCAGCCCCUGGGUCACACCAGGCUCCCCACGCAGGGCAGAGCAGCCUGGCCCACUGCUUCCCUGGGACGGGCAAAGUGCUCUCAGGAGCCACGCUGCACCUGUGCCUGCCCCACGCCGCCCUUAAAACACGGGGGGCUCUGAGGCCAGGUAGCCCCGGGCAAGCGGGCCAGCUCAUCGGAUCACCUACAGGGCUUGGAUCAAGCCACCCACGCCCUUUCCUGGGCUACCUGAGAGAGUCCCCAGCCAGUGUUGGGCUGCGGGAUCCCAGCCGCUCCUGCCCUCGGCGCUGCUGGGUUGUCCCCGGCCCUGGAGGCCCUGCUCCGCACGGCCCCUUUGGAAUCAGCCCCGGCUGCCUUACUGGGGGCAUCUCCCCCUGCCAUGAGGUUUGUAGCAAGCCUGGGAAGACAGGAGGCUUCUGACACCUUCAGCCCUUGUCUAGAUUGUACUGAGCACAACACGUCUUCCGUUCGUCUUGUACCCUGGCCUUCCUCCUCCACGUGCGGCCAGGUCUUUUCACGCUAACAUCUUCCCAGCUCUUUGGAGGUCGGCCGUGGUCAUUUCAGUUCCCGCGGGGACCGCUGGGCGACAGCUGCAAUCCAUCGAUUGUCAGUGAGACUCACUAGAUGCUGGGCCCAUCGCCUCACUGUACCUGCUCUCAACGACGACGUCCCGCACUCCACUCUGCUUCCCUGGGGACUCGGGCGCGGGUUGAAGUUCCCAGAAUUGUUCUUUCCCUCGCCCGCUCCGUGACAGACAGUUGCUGCUCCUCUGUCUUCGUCAGCGCUCACGUUUCGCUGCCGUACAACCUUGCUGGCCGUGCCGUUGAGUGGAAGAGGCUGGCGCGUGUUGCCUUGUUGAUUUUUCCUUGGCGGGCAAUCGUGAAGAUCUAAAGAACUAUCGUCCAAUAGGCCUGCUCUCGCAUGUCUACGAGCUGCUCACCAAAAUAACAACCCGACUCUCUCAGAGUCUGGACGAGCAGCAGCUUUCGAAGGAAUUUCAGCACAAUGGGCCAUAUUUUCACAAUAAACCAGCGAUUGGACCGCUCCGGGGAAUACACAUUCCCUUCCUGUAGUGCCUUCGUCGACGAUGAAAACGCGUUCGACGGCGUAGAGACCAGUGCGGGGCUGAAAGCUCUCGCAGAGCAGGGCAUCGACACAAACUAUAUCAAACUACACAGGAACCAAAUUCUGACGGCACUACCGCUAUAACUUUGUUUGAUACCCCCCUUUGCAAGACAGGUAAGAAAGGUGUGAAACAAGGAGAGACGGUUUCCCCGAAACUCUUCACAGCCUGCCUCAAAAUGUUAAUGCGGCGGAUGAAUUGGGAGGGUGGAAUCAACAUCAACGGAGAACAGUGAAACCAUCUCAGAUUCGUGGACGAUAUCGUGUUGAUCGCUGAAAAUACUACCAGCCUAGAGAAAAUGCUACGAGAACUCAAGACAAAAAGCAGCCAAGUUGGAAUGAAAAUUCACCGCUCCAAACCGAAAUGGACGCGGUUUGGUACCUGGCCGAAAGCCCGAGUAACAAUCAAUGGAGAACCAAUCGAAGACGUUGAGCAAUACGUCCAUUUGGGCCAAGAAAUGAGCAUCAGGAAGGUGAGCGCUCGCGAAGAACGAAAGCAGGUUGGGGCGCAUUCAAUUCUCUCAAGGCGGCUUUUGACUGGAAGGAAAUAAGUAGCCGCAGUCAAGCUCCGCCCACAAGCCCCAAACUCCUCCCACAAUUCCACAUUGCCCAGCUGUUUCUACUAAAAUGCUCAGCCAGGCAAUUGUCCACCAUUAGGUUCCAGAGUCAGCACUGUACCCCAGGCUGCUGGCGCCUCUCUCUGUGCUCUCUGCUGACCUGUUUCGUGGGAACCAAAAGGGCUAGAAAUGUGCCGUUUCAGACUAAAGCUUUAAUGCUGCCGGCUGCACCAGGUGCAGGAAAAGGCUGGUCUGGGCGGAGCCUGCCCCCGGCCCGUUGCAGGGAGCUGGGUCGUAUUGCAGGGCGUGCUAGUGGCACGGCUGUUUUCUGUUAUGAGCCCCCACUUACCCCGUGCCAGUGGUGGGUGGUGUCUCUGGUUAAUAAACUAUCCUGUUUAGUUUUCA